UUUGAGUCUCGCGCUUAUUGUCUGCGCGAGUCGGUUCGGCCUUGUUUACUGCUAGGGGGAAUCGGUUUAGGACGCCAAAGAGUUCGUGUUUUUUGUUUCCGUCUGAUUAGGAGGUCGAUAAUACAUCUUCCCUCGGUAGGCGUCAUCUCCAGUUUUCUGACAUCCAGCCGGGUCUCUGGUGUUAUUCCUUUUGUAAAUACUGCUAUUUGUAUAUACUGUAAAUGAUGACUUCAGUGGGCGGAAACCGGACCCGGGGCAACUGGGAGCAGACGCAGGGUCAGACACAGAGCCAGUCACAGCACAAGCAGAGGCCCCAAGCCACCGCUGAACAGAUCCGACUCGCGCAGAUGAUCUCGGACCAUAAUGAUGCAGACUUUGAGGAGAAGGUCAAGCAGCUGGUUGAUAUCACAGGAAAGGAUCAGGAUGAGUCUAUGAUAGCGCUGCACGACUGCAAUGGAGACGUCAACAGAGCCAUCAAUGUGCUGUUGGAGGGCAGUCCUGACACUGACUCUUGGGAGAUGGUUGGAAAGAAGAAAGGAGUGUCAGGUCAGAAGGAAAGUGCACAGACAGAUGGAGGAGAUGAAGGGAAGGAGAACCGAGAGAGAGGAGGAGGAGGAGGAGGAGAAAGGGAUGUGGUGCGUCGUAGAGGUGGGGCCCCACGGAGGGGCCGUGGAGCCAGCCGCGGACGAGACUUUCGUGGGCAGGAGAAUGGGCUAGAUGGGGCCAAGGCAAGUGGAGUUGCAGGCAGAGGAACAGAGCGAGGCCGUCGGGGUAGAGGCAGAGGAAGAGGUGGUGCUGGUAGACGAGGUGGAAGGUUUUCUGCUCAGGGCAUGGGAUUGAUAAGGGCCCCAGAUAUGAUUUUUCAGGAGAUGAGAGUCUGUUUAACCCAGCGGACUACACUGAGCCAGCCCAGACAGAGGAGAGCUACACAAGUGGAAGCACUUGGAGUAACACAGGCAACCUUGAACCCGAGGAUGGAAACAACAGCUCAGACCUACGCAUCUGUCUCCACAGGGCUAGAGUUUACAGGUGGAGAGGGAACGAGCUAUCCCCAAAAGUUUGACUCCACCCCUGGUGCUUGGAGAACUGCCACAGAAGAGUGGGGUACGGAGGAUUGGAAUGAGGAUUUGUCUGAGACCAAGAUAUUCACUGCCUCCAGUGUGGCAUCUGUGCCCAUUCCACAAGAGAAUGUCACCAUUACAGCUGGACAGAGGAUUGAUUUGGCGGUGUUGCUGGGGAAGAAUCCACCCUCUUCCUCUGAAGCAGAGCCUGUUCCACUUGAAGGCCCACAGUCUCUGUCUCAGCCUUUGGUGUUCAGCAAUUCAAAACAGAAUGCUUCAUUGUCCCAGUCCUCCUCCAGUGCUCCUUACAGCCAGCACAGCAUGGUGAGCAUGCUCAGUAAGGGUUUUGGUGAUGUAGGAGACCCUAAAGGAAGCACUGGAGGCUCCACGACUGGUUCUCAAUUCUUGGAGCAGUUUAAGACUGCCCAGGCAUUGGCCCAGCUGGCAGCUCAACACUCACAAAGUGGACCCCCCAACACAGGUCCUUCUACCUGGGAUACCAGCCCCACUACACUGGGGCAAUACGAUAUGAAACCUCAAACGGAGCCUGUGCACAGUCCCUUCACUAAACGGCAGCCCUACCAGCCCGCCUCCACUGCAUCCUCCAUGAUUGACGCCUUCUUGCAGGACAAAGCUACACCCGCUUCUACCACCUCGUCCCUGCCCCCUCAGUCCACCCAAUCAUCCUCACUGCCCCAGACCGUAACCACACCUGUUCCCAAACCCUCUGGACACGCUCCAGGUCAGCAGAACUCUUCCAGCCCCGCAGACCCCCAGGCGUCCAGCCCCCUCCCCCUGCAACAGCACAAACUCAAACAGCAGAAGAAGAGGGCUUCCAUCACAACCAAGAUUCCAGCCCUAGCAGUGGAGAUGCCAGGCUCUGCAGAUAUAUCCGAGCUUAACCUUCAGUUUGGAGCAUUACAGUUCGGCUCUGAACCGGCGCUUCCUGAUUAUGAUCACUCGGCAGCUGUUGCCACGACAACGACUGGCAGCCAAGGCCAAAACAGCCUUUACACAAGCGCCAGCAAUGAGCAGACCUCAGCCUUGUCCAAUCCUAGUCAGAUGGAGCUGUACGAGCAAAGAGCGAGCCAGACACGACGUUACCCCCCUUCUGUGUCCUCCUCACCCCAAAAAGACAUACAGCCCAAAAAUGGGUUCAGUUCCAUGCAGACAUCGCAAUCUUUGGAAGCUGCAGCAGGCUCUGCAGUACCUGUGAAACCGGCUUCUGAAUCAGUCGUCCCGCCUUCGGUUUCCAACAUGGCCCCAUUGGCUGACCCCUCGUCGGGUCCUCCCUCCCUGCUGACCACAUCCAAUCAGACCCCUCUCAGUGCUCUCGGCCAUGAAGAUGCCUCCCCCAGCUCAUUGGUUCAACCUCAACACAAUAACUCCCUCUCUACACAUCAGAACAGUUUGGCAUCGUCUUCAGUUCGCACUUCAAACACAAGUCUUCUGCAUCCGAGUGUGGACGGUGAUUCCAGCUUGCUCUCCUCGUCUUACUCCGCCGUGACUUCUUCAGUCCCUCCGCCCUCUUCCUCUACGUCAGUUGCCCCUGUCCCCCACAGCGUCCCUGUCGCACCCUCAUCUGUCAGUUCGGUCUCGGCACAGUCUGCUCUGGGUCCGGUCAGCAGUCUGACCAUUGGACUGAACAGUGGCACUGGUGUUCCAUCCAUGGGCCCUCCCACAGCUGCUGCGUCUUCAUCUUCCUCAUCCUCUGCAGCCCUGGCCACUGCUGUACCCUCAUUGGUCUCCUCGUCUCGCAGCACGGCUGCCUCAGGGAAAGCGCCUCCAAACCUGCCUCCUGGAGUACCGCCACUGCUGCCCAACCCUUACAUCAUGGCUCCUGGCCUGCUUCAUCCUUAUGCACCUCAAAUGUAUGGCUACGAUGACUUACAAAUGUUACAGACCAGAAUACCAUUGGACUAUUACAGCAUACCAUUUGCUACUCCAACUACAGCACUGACUGGCAGGGAAGGCAGUUUGACAAAUAACCCUUAUUCUGCUGGUGACUUGUCGAAAUUUGGCCGUGGUGAUGCCUCAUCCCCUGCUCCCGCCACAACGUUGGCACAGCCUCAGCAGACCCAGACCCAAACGCACCACACCACCCAGCAGCCCUUCAUCAACCCGGCCCUUCCGCCUGGAUACAGCUACACCAGCCUGCCAUAUUACACUGGUGUGCCCGGUCUUCCCAACACCUUCCAGUACGGCCCUGCCAUGUUUCCGGUGGCUCCUACCUCCUCCAAACAGCACGGUGUGAAUGUUGGUGUAAAUGCAUCAGCCACGGCCUUCCAGCAAGCGAGCGGCUAUGGAUCACACGGAUACAGCACUGGCUAUGAGGAUUUGGGCCAGGCUUCGGCAGGGAGCGGGGAUUUCUGUAAGGGCGGUUACGGCACCGCCGUUGCUGCCGCUGCUUCCGUGCAAAACAAGCCCGCCAGCUCCGUCACCGGGCCCGGAGUGGGGGUCUCUGUGACGUCCAGCAACACAGGAGUCCCUGACAUCUCAGGGUCUGUUUACACAAAGACGCAGUCUUUUGAGAAGCAGGGUUUCCACACGGGAACUCCCAGCGCCUCCUUCAGUUUGCCCUCAGCACUUGGGAGCGGCGGCCCAAUCAACCCUCCUGCUGCAGCGGGCUACGCUCCAGCCCCCUACAUGCAUAUCCUGACCCCCCAUCAGCAGCCCCACUCUCAGAUGCUCCAUCACCACAUGCAGCAGGAUGGACAGAGUGGCUCUGGACAGCGUAAUCAGAAUGCUUCCAUUCAACAGAAGUCGCAGAUCAACAAGUCUGGUUACAACAGCUACAGCUGGGGAGGCAAUUAACACCCCUUCCUGCCCCAUCUUGUGUUCCAAAGGCUGGAUUAGUGGAACCAUUUCCUUCUCCCCUUUUCUCUUUCCUCCACAACGCUCCCUCUUCUCUCUCUGCGCAAUCACCCUGCAGUACCCGCCCCGAUUCCACUGGUGGCGCUGUCCUAAGAGAGCUAGCACUGUAAGGCGCCAAUUUGAGGAGGGGCCAUGGCGGUGACGUCCUAAUGGGGAGAAGGUUCGCGCGAGUAUAUGGCGCGAAUAUUUUAUUUAAUUUACUUAGGCUUUCAAGAGCUGAGUAUUGAGUAUUUGGAGUUUGUAUUGUGUUAAAGAACGCAUAAGCACCUACCCGCUUUUUCUUUCAGGCAUAUGUUACAUAGAUCUGUUUUUUUAUUAAAAGGACAAAUGUUUAAUUUCUUUAUCCUCUACUUUCUCCUUUUACUGGUUGAUGAAAUGAAAAAGAGAGGUUUGAUCGAGGGAGCUGGCUUUUUUUUUUUUUUUUUUUUGUUUUGUACACACCCUUUCUCUCUUUUCUGCUUCUUGCUUUUUCAGGACUCGCAAUCCAAAAGUAUGUUCGACAUCUCUGAUCUCCCCCCGCUAUUAGUUUUUACCAAAUUUUAUUUUGGGAAAAAAAGAUAUCCCUCUAAAUCUUCUAAUGCAGUCUGUGAAGUUUAUUUUUAACCAAAUAUAAAUAUAUGAGAAAAAAAAAAUGUACAAGUAAGCUCCCAGACUUCGGAUCUGGUGUGUGUGUCUCCCCAGGGUGGCCAGUGUAUGAAUGUUCUACUUAAUCUAUAGGCUUCAAUGUGUAUUCCUUUAUUGAAGCCUUGCAGGGAGACUGGAUUGUUAAAGGGUUAGUUCACCCAAAUUUUUUAUUUGUCAUUUAUCCACCCUCAUUCCAAAACCGAUUCACUUUCUUCCACAGAACACAAAAAGCAGAAUGUUUUCAUUCACAAGAUGCAAUGUAAGUAAAUGCUGACGGAGGUAGGCAGAAUGUAAGGUGCUGAAAAACAUCCGUUGUGUUCCAUAGAAGAGAAAAAUAUGGUUUGGAUCAAUGUGAGGGGUUAAUGAUGACAAUUAAUUUUUGGGUGAACUAUCCCUGUAAGGCAUGGUUUUGACCUCAGCGUUUUGGCAAAAGCAUGAACCUUUUCUCUUAUUUGCUUUGGAGUUGUGCUGUACAAGAGAGGUCAAAAUUUCCAUAGGCCACCGUAUGUGCACAAGCAUCUUUCCACAGCCUCUUGUUGUUUGUCAUACCUGCCAUCAUUCUCCCCUUAAAAUCCACUUUCUGUCCCCAAAUAUAUUAUUUUAGUAAUGUGAUUAUUAGGAAAGUGCUGAUGGACAGAAUUGUACUAUGGGUAUCUUUUUUUUUUUUUUCUCUUUGUCAGUGACUUUUUGUACGGUGCGUUUAAAAAAAAAAAAAAAAAAAAAAAAUUAAAUGGAUAAAAUUGUCUUGUACAUAUAUAUAUAUAAAACACAAGUA